AUGCCGAUGCAUGGUGGUUGUCCUCUAAAGAGAAUUUUUGGGCAACACACCCAAAUGCGACAUGGGCCCAAUUCAAAAAGGUUUUCCUCCAAAAUUACUUUUGCUUGGAACUUCCGUGACAAGAAGGAAGUUCAGUUCAUGAACUUCUACCAAGGAUCUAAGUCGAUCCUUGAGUAUCAGCAGGCUUUUGAGGAACUAUUCUACUUUGCCCCUCCGCACAUGAAGCUCGAGGAAGUCAAGGCGAGGAAAUUUAAGAAAGGGCUUAUGCCUAAUAUCGGUACAUCGAUGGUGCUACAUAAGUACCCCACCUAUGUUGAGACAGUUCAAGCUGCUAAAGUAAUAGAGGAUCAGCAGAUGGAGAACUAUAGAGCCAUUCAGGCCGGAAAGAGGCCCAUGACCUCCUAUGAUUCUCGGGGAUCUACCAAGUUCCAAAAGAGAGGUUCCUACACAACUGCUCCCCUGAUUCAAUCCCGCAGGCUUGAUGCGACCCAAGCACCCAAGCUCACAUCGAACCCUCACUAUGGGACCCAGACCCUCAUAUGCUAUAACUGCAAGGAGACUAGGCACAUGAUCAAGGAUUGCUCGUACCCUCGACAGACAAAUGCUUGGCCAAGUGUGUCAUCUAAGGCGCCCCAAGCACGAGCAGCUAUUCGUGCCCUCCUUCCUACUCCAACCAACAGAACUCAAGGGCGCGUGUACUCUGUCACUAACGAGGAAGCCCAGGCUGAUCCCAGUGUUAUUACAGGUAUGAUUUUUGUUUGUUCCCAACCUGCCUAUGUAUUGUUUGACUCGGGGGCGUCGCAUUCUUUCGUAUCCCCGUUAUUUACUAAGAAGAAGCCAAUCAAACCAAAGCAAAUGGCUCAGAAUCUGAUAGUCAGUACGCAAACGGAUAGCAAGGUUGAACUCAACAUGAUUUAUGGUCCUUGUCUCGUAUGUGUGUGUGACCACGGGCUAGAAGCAAGUUUGAUAGUUCUGGACAUGAAGGACUUCGAUGUAAUCUUGGGCAUGGAUUGGUUGUCCACUCAUGGGGCCAGUCUAAUCUGUGCAGAGAGGAAGGUCCUGUUCAAGCCAGUUGGAGCUGAAGAGUUUGUAUUCAAGGGCAUUAGAUGGGAGAAACCCAAGAAAGCUAUUAUCUCUGCUCUCCAAGUCCAGAAGUUAUUGGGCGAGGGAUGUCAGUGCUACCUAGCCUCUGUGGUAGACACUGAAGCUAAAGUUAAACCUAUGGAAGAGAUAAGUGUGGUGAAGGACUUCCAGGAUGUCUUUCCAGAAGAUUUGACACGGUUGCCACCAGAUCGUGAGAUGGAGUUCAUGAUUAACCUGGCACCUGACACAGCCCCAGUAUCAAAAGCUCCCUAUAGGAUGGCCUCAACUGAAUUGAAGAGCUACAGGAUGGCCCCAACUGAAUUGAUGGAGUUCAAUCUAUUUCUUCUAUAUUUAGAUUAA